AUGACGAGUUCAUCUGGUGCAAUAUCUCGCGUCCUCGUAGCUUGCUGUUGUGUUAUGUUCAUCAGCAUACUUUUUUUAAGCGCUGGCUAUGUAAGAUUGGAACUGGAGAUAGGAGCUCUCAAGGAGAAAUUCGAAGUAAUCGAGCAACACGUAAAGACAAUUGGUACAGCCAAGGACCCUCCUUACUUAAACAAAGGUAACACUUAUUUUGUUUAAUGUCAGAUUUACAUUGUAGAAUGCUCUUUUUCCUUCCUUUUUUCAUUGAAAUUGAAUGCUUUCUAAUUAAAUUUCGGGAAUAUCUUAUUUUUGUUCCCACAAACGGGUGCCGAAGCCACGACAUUCAAUUUAAACUACUGGGUAGAUAGACCAAUUUAAAAUAUAUCAAAAAAUUCUUACUUUGGGCUACGAAGUUUUAUAGCCGGCAUAUUCAUUGCUGAAUCUCAAGGUUAAUUCUUUUGUAUUAUUUAUCUAAGCCUUAUAUAGAAUUUGGUCUAGAAAGAUCUUGAUAGCCCUUGUUUGAUUCUGAAAUGAUGGUCUGCCUUUGCGUUGUAACGUUUUACGUUUGACCUCUUUUAGAUGGUACCACGCAUUUCUCAUUCUUUUUUAUUAUUUUCGACGUUUAGCAAAAUGAAAUUUUAUAUUUUUCUGCCUCUUUCAGUUUGGAAAGUCUUGUCAAAGAGAACAAAGAAUCGUAGAAACUAAAAAAGGCAAUCGAGACUACUAAAUUAGUUGAAAUGGCCGCGAGCCCUUGCGCAGCUUUUGAGUUACAGUUUUAGGAUCAAUGAAUGCAGAUUCUCUCGUUUCCUUAAAUAGGGUCAUUUUCAUGCUUCCUUGUCAGCUUCUUUCUAUCAUUUCCGGAUAGUCGUGAUGCCGAAGGAAAGGAAAUUGCCUAAAUCAGAACGACUUCAAAGUGGUUAUAGACUCUUUAAGAAUGCCCCCUUCGGACUGAAAAUCUACUCUUGGCCGGUACUAAAACGACUAUAGUGUAAUGUUCAUUUCUGAUCAGUAGCACUGAUUUCAAUUAAGGUCUUUAGAAUAAUUCCUUAGUUUUCAGCUUAUGUGUGUCUUCUUCCCCGUAUUUAUGACAGCAAGAGAAAGAAUAACAUUUUCGUUUUCAAGGAAAAUGGAUCUAUUGAAAGUUUCUUUAUAUAUAUUCUUGCAGGAGCCUAUUAACUUCUGUUAUUUGAUAUCAUCUAAGCCUGUCUUUUUUUUUUUUAGUUUAAUUUAAUUUAAUUUUUUUAAAUUUAUUUAUUAAACAUCCUUUAACAUAACAUUACAAUAAACUUUACAAUAACAGGGCGGCAAAUAAAAAGGAGGCGAAACAGUAAAAUAAAUAAAUAAACAAACAAGCAAAAUAAAGCGAAAUACGAAGGUUCAACAGAUUAACGACAACAAGCGGAACAAAUAGAAAAAUGUUUGCUAAAUUACUAUAAAUCCAACACUAAUCAGAAAUGCACAGCGUGGUCCACUUAUUUCUGUAUUUGUUAAGAUUUCCUUUUGUUAUGCAAUUUCUCUUUCGCACUGGAUUUUAAUUUCCAGGAGAACAAUGAAAACUUCCAGCUCUGGCGUCUCAAACUUGUUUCUAGCUAAGUAAACGUAAUAUCUAGCAAUUCAGAGAUAAUGGUUAAAAGUAUGAAAGCUGUUAGAUUCAGGUUUGUAUCCAUAAAGAACUUUCGUUGGAUUUGGAUUUAUGUUUUCAGAACGUUUACGAUUCCACCAAUCUAUGACUUUUUCCCAAAAACGUUUUACCUCAGGACACUCGUAAAACAUAUGGCUAAUAGUUUCACAAGGAGCAUCACAUUGUUCGCAUUUUGGAGAAGAUUUAACAUUCAUUUUCCAAAGGCGUUGGUUGGUCGGAAGAAUAUUGUGGAUGAGUUUGAACUGAAAACUUCUUAGCUUAUUUUCAAUGGUGAUUUUGAAUGGAAGCUCAUAUACGGCACUAGGACUGAAUGUUUGUUCUCUUAAAUAGGAUUCAGUUAAUGGAGGGCAGAACGAUUUCUCAGCAAACAUUAGUCGAGCAUAUUUUGCUGAAACAUUUCCAACGGUUAGUUGUGUCACCUUUGGUUCGUUGGUGUGUUCCUGAUUGCCAUGUAAGAUAGCAUUUUUCCAAUCUUUAGGAAUCGGGGCCAGAAGACCACCGUAAUCAAGAAAGGUACCACGAAUGUGAAAAGUGUCUUUAAGCUCUUGGAAAGAUAGGAAGUUAUCGUGAGCAUUGAGGAUAUCUUUGAUUCUUAAAAUGCCUUUACUAACCCAUGCUUUAUAAAAAACCGUCUUUCCGCCGAUCUUAAUAAAGCGGUUAUUCCAAAGUAUUUCCUCUUUAAUUUCAUUAACACUAAGGGGUACCUUGGAAUGAAGGAUCUGCCAGACCGUUAAAAUGUUCCUAUAAAAGAGGGGGAGACCUUCUAGAUCUAAGAAUUUCAAAUCGUAAUUACACUGAAAGAAAAAAGAGCCUCCGAAUUUUUCAAGAUGAGAGUCAAGAAGCGCACACCAAUGAUGACCAUCCGAUGCACAAUAGCGAUUUACCCAGGCAGCUUUAAGAGAUUUUUCUACGUCCGCGAAAUUGACUAUGUUAAGGCCACCUUUGGAGAUUGGGCCUGUCAGUGUGUUUCUUUUGAUUUUAUCAGGCUUAAAGUUCCAUAUGAAAGGGAAAAUGACCUUAUUAACUUCUUUAGCAAAAUCGGUCGGAGUAUCAAGUACAGAGCAAUUAUAAACAAGUUUAGACAGUGCUAAUGUUUUGAUAAUAGCAAUUCGCCCCAGGAUCGACAAGCGCCAAACUGACCAAAGAUUUAACACCUUUUUCAUUUUAACAAGCCGUUCAUCAAAGUUGAUCUUCUCGCCAAGGUGCGUUUCAUAAGCGAAAACUACGCCGAGAGAGGAGACGUAUUGCUUCGGCCAAGAGAUUCCAAAAGGCUCGUCUUUACCUAAUCUGUUUUUCCACAAUCCCAGCCACAACCCUUCAGUUUUCGACUUAUUUAUUCUCAGACCGGAGAGCGUACUGAAUCGAUCAAGCAAAGCUAAAAGGGCUACUGCAGACGAGUCGUCGUGAAGAAAAGUAGUGGUAUCAUCGGCAUAUAAGCUGACUUUAGAUUCUUUGUUUCCGUUUUUAAGACCUUUGAUCGAUUUGCUUGUUCUGAUCUGAAUAGCAAGAGGCUCUACGGCAAGAAUAAAAAGCAUCUCGGAAAGCGGGCACCCUUGUCUCACUCCCCUUUUUAGGGGGAUGAAUUCCGAAGCGUGUCCAUUGUUUACAAUGCAGCUUGAGAUAUUAUGAUAAAAUGUGUGGACCCAGUUACGAAAACUUGGGCCAAAGUUCAUUUCCUCUAACACCCGGAAGAGGUAGUCCCAUUCUAACAAGUCAAACGCUUUUUCAAAAUCCAGAAAGAAAAUCAUUCCUUGGUCAUUUUCAUGUUGUGCGAUAAUAUCAGAAAUAAGACGGAUGUUUUCGCCAAUGAAUCUGCCCUUAAUGUAUCCUGUUUGAUUACUUCCUAUAAGGAGCGGAAGAACCUUCUCCAGCCGUUUAGCAAUGCAUUUAGUAGCAAUUUUUUAAUCUGUAUUUAAAAGCGAAAUGGGACGCCAAUUUUUAAGAGACAAUAGGUCAUUAUCCUUUUUUGGGAUUAGCGAAAAAAUUCCUUGUCUCUGAGAGAUGGAAAGUUCUCCUUGUAGAGCCCCGUGAUUAAGACAGUCAAUCAAAGGGCAAGAAAUCUCCUUCCAAAAACAGAGAUAGAAUUCCGCUGUUAGACCGUCUGUUCCGGGGGACUUGUUACGUUGAAAAGCUUUAAUAGCAGAUAAACAUUCUGCUUCAGUAAUCGAACCUUCACAAAGGUUUUGUGAGACAUCGUCUAGUCUUGGUAAAGGUCCAGAAUUAAGAAAGUCUGAUAGCUGGUCAGGGGAGGUUUGGCCUUGGGAAGUAUAUAAUUGUUGGUAGUAAUACUUCAUUUCAUUCAAGAUAGUUUUAGAGUCUUCUAUUGUAGACCCUGCCGAGGAUUUCAUUUUUUUAUGUGUCUUUUGUUGUAACUUCUUUUCGAAAGGUUGAGAAAAUAUUUAUUACAUUUUUCUCCUGAUUCAUACCGUCGAGCUCGGCUUCUGACAAUACAACCUCUGGUUUUCUCCUCGGCCAUUUGAUCUAAUUUAAUUUUUAUCUUUUUUGCCUCGUUCGCUAGAGGACUUUCUUCUGGAGCAGCAUCAAUACGAGCAUUUGGAUCUUGGAGUUUUCGGAGAAGUUCGAAUUCCAUAUCCCUUUUUUCCUUAGCUUUUCUUUUAGCAAAUCGAAUGGAGAAGAUCCUUAUUUCCAUUUUUAUCAUUUCGCCAAAAAAGCCUUUUGUCAGUAACUUCCCUGUACUUUUCUUUAGCAUUUAGGAUUAAAAACUUCAAUUUUGUAACGAAUUCUUCAUUCUCAAGCAGAGAAUUAUUAAACUUCCAAAACCCUGGUCCUCUAGGUACACUUGAUCUUCUGGUGUCAACGAGAUGGUGACAGGCGAGUGAUCUGAGUCAUAAUAAGCGCUGAUAUCCGUUUCAGCAACGUGUGUCAGUAAUUGUUUCGAAAUUAGCCAGAAAUCUAGUCGACAUUUAAUCUUUCCUGAGCCAUUUGCCCAAGAAUAACGCUUCUUAUUCGGGUGUUGAGAUCUCCAGACGUCGACUAAGUCAAAGCUGUUACAAAGUUCCCGGAUUGCUUGGAUGGUCCUUUUCUUAUGAAGUAUGUCCCUACCACCUACUUUAUUGACCUCUGUCAAAGGACAGUUAAAGUCACCGCCUAAUAAAAUGUUGUUAGUACUACUACGGCGAAUGGGAUCGAUGAUUUAUCAAAAAAGUUAACUUGCUGGUUUUGGUCAUUGCGAGCAUAAAUAUUAACUAGACACAAAUUAUCUUGAUUAAUAUUUAUGUUCGCGACGAGAGAACGUCCAUUUUUGUCCACAGUGAUUUCCAGGAUAUCAACGUUUAGGGAAGGCUAAACAAUAUCAUUACGCCCUUACUGUGUUUGGAAGCUUGCGCAAAUAGGAUUUCACCACCCCAUUCUGCCCGCCACACAUCCUCCAAGCUAGCAUCGCUAUAGGUUUCUUGUAAGAAAAUUAUAUCAAAUCUAUUCAGAUGGAGCCACCGAAAGAGCUUCCUCCGUUUAAUUGAUUUAUUGAGGCCCCUUAUAUUCAGCGAAACAGCCUUAAGGCACGUAUGUUUCUGGAAUCUUUAGGCAUUCAUUUUCGGGUUUAUAUGUGUUCCACACUGUGCAAAUCAUGAUAGUGUUUUGCUCAAGAAAAAGUUGCCGUUUAGUAUUUUGGCGCAUGCAAGUUACAAUGCCCAAAGGUGAAAAGCAAUUGCAAAAUAAAAGACAAAACAUAAAAAGCGAAAUACUUUGACAAAAAAAUUUAGCACAUGUAACAAAAUGCACAUAAAUUAAGCUGUAGAACAGCUUAUUGUAUAGGAAGGUUAAUGCAAAGAUGCAAAGCAUCAUUCAAUCGCGAUUAGAGACAAAGCGACGCCCUCCUACCAUUCUCUCCGCUAAUUAAAUAUCAGAAUGUAAAUUUUAGACUGAAAAAAGUAGCAAGGUGUAAGGCGAAGAAAGUUAAUAAUUUAAAUAGUAUUGAAAAGAGGAGUUUCCUAUUUUGGGGAGCAAAUUAGCAUCGGGGUUUAGUAACCGAGGCGAAAAAAAAAAGGAAGAAGAAAAAGACUAAAUUAACUAAUUUUGGUAAGAUCUCCUUCAGCGUGUAUUAUUUUUGGCUGUUCUUCCUGUGACUCCUUAAUAAAUAUCUUGCCGUCCAAAGUCCAGGCACUAUGCCAAUGAUUAUCUUUCUUAAAUUUUCUAACUUUAGCAAACAACUUGCGCCUUAAAUAUGUAAGAUUUUCAUUGAUAUAUACCACGUUUGUAGCAAGAAAAUACUGAUUUAAACUCACUGACUUUGGACGUUUCCUAGCUUUGUACAGCUCAGUUUUAUCUUCUUAUGUGAUUUAAACCGAACAAUAAUAGGUUUGGGGCCGCUGUUGUUCCGAGGUCCCAUUCGGUGACAAAUGUCGAUAUCAGAGGGAGAUAUGUUCACGUUGACAACUUUUCCAAGCUUAACAUCAUUUUCAGCGAUAUUUUCGUCUGCAGUUUCGGCGAUUCCAUGAAUCUCUAAGUUGUGUUUUCUUGUAUACUGUUCCACGUCAUCUACUUGGGUUAUCGCCGUUCCAAGAUCUUCGUAGAGGAUGUCAACAUCUGCUCUUACCUCGCUGAGAGAUUUUUCAAGCGACGACGCUUUAUCUUUAAGCUCUUUAUUUUCUUUUUUAAGAGACGUCAGUUCGGCAUUAUUGAAGUCUAAAGAUUCCUUUAAUUCUUCAUAUUGCCUUCUCAUAGCACGGUUUUCUUCCAAUAGUUCGUCUGUAUUCCUACGGAUCUUGUUCAGGACUAUCCAAACGUUAAUAUCGUUCUCGUUGUUGCUUAACUCUUCAAGAGUCUGCUUCGCCGACUUGCUUGGAGGUACCUCGGGCGAGCUUCCGCUACUAAACCUUUCAUCACGUUUUCUUCGUACGACAGAAGGUGUAUUACUGCUUUCCUCACUUUCUUUUCUUGACAUUUUAGGGCGGAGAGAAUAACGUUCUCGGACUACUCGAAAACACGUCCGCACAUCAUGCGAGUCUCCCCAGUCUCCUUCAUCUAAGCCUGUCUUGGUUAAAAAAAAAAAAGAUUAUCCAAUUUGCAAGCAAUUUAUUUCAAUCCAAAAUAUAAAAACUAAAAUUCUGAGGACACAAGGCUAAUGAAUCGAAAGGAGUCUCCAAAUUCGUAUACGUAUUCUGGAGAGGAUCUCGGGAAGAAACAAAGGUGGAAGAAACGAGAAAAAAUCUAAUUAGUCUAAAAACAGGCAAAAAGAAAGGCUUAUUAGUUUAGAGCUAUAAAAAUUAUAUCUGAUUGAAUUUAUGUAAACAUGGCUUCAGUGAGUGUCUACAGGUCCUAUGCUAAGUGUGUCCUUAUUACCAAGACUUUGACCUUCCCCACCCAAGCCAAUGGAUGACUGUCUGCGAGCCCCACUGAGCUCUGCAAUUACCAUGGUAAUCAUUCUCAGCAGAGGCCUUAUUCAGCUGGCUAGGGCAAAUUAAGAACAAGGUACUUGCCAGUCAAAGCCUCAAGUAAACACUGCUGCUUACUGAAGGGGUUGUAUCAAAAUAGCCCCUCCUUACCCCACUAGUUUUAACCCCUAGGCCUGAUCCACCCACCCACUGUUAGGGCAGGCCCUGGGCUAUCCAGCUGUAUCGACCAAGACUGCAAGCCCCCUACUUUUUUGGACACAGCACUGGCUUUAAGCCAGGCGAAACCUAGUGGCAAGGUUUUAACGAAAUCAGACAGAUAUAUAAUUAUUUUCCCUAUAUUUUCACAUUUUUUUGUUUCGAUUAUGGUAUUUCGAUAAACUGCAACGAAUUUUCUCGUGUAUUUUCUGAACCAGCCAGCCCAUGGCUGACGAAAUAUUGGAAACAAAAAUAUAUUCAUUGUCAGAGCUGUCGGUCACGCUCGCUUUUCUUUUUUUUAUUUAUCUACUU